AGGGCUCCAGACUAUGGCUAUGGUUGCGCGAAGGCUAGGACCAGUGCAAACUGUUGUGUUGCGACGGACUGGGCUUGGCGAUGGCUCUCUGCUUCUCCCUGCAUCGAGAACGAUAGCGUCGAUUCCCGGGCCGAUCAACAAGGCCUCCCCGAAGCCGAGUCGUAGGAGCCCGUCAUGCAGGAACACGUACUCAACAUCGGCAGCACGAGGAACCGCCCCUGUGGCCACGAUGCAACCGGUGAAAGGGCCGCCGUGUGUACUCAGGUCUAGCGGUAGUGUUGGUGGGAAUAGCGCCACUUGCAUUCGGCGCAACCUGCAUUGCAACAGCGGUAGAGCUGUUGCUACUGCAGACUGGCUGCGCCCUACGGUCGGUGCUGUACUGCUGCGCCAGGGCGAUGCAUCAAGGGCGGGAGGGAUGCCUUCGUCAAGCGCGGUGAAUCAAUUACCAUCGGGAGGGCACGGUGUAGUGUUCGUGCAGGCGGCAGGCUUGCGGACUUUAUCGCGCGUGUUCGCACCUGCUACCGGUGGCGCUGCUGGCAAGAAGCCGGGAGGGGAGGCCGCCUCCCCGUCACAACCGGGUGGCGGUAACGGUCAUGGCAGCAAGACUCCGCCGUCCCCCAGUGAGAUUCGACCACCAGCGGGUUCCGGUGGUCGUGGUGCAAGCAGCAACAUGGACCCUCCUGCGGCGAAGCUAAAUAACCCUCAAGCCGAAGCCGCUGAAAAACCAGCAGGGUCGAUAGGCGACAAUGAGCGAACCGUCAAGGGUGGAAAUCCUGAUCUUCGGGAUCGGGAAGGCCCCUUCGUCGAGAUGCGCGACAGGAUAAGGCACGCCAGGGCCGACGCCAGCGAGGACGCCAAGGACUGGAUGAGGGACAAGAGAGACGACAUGAACACCAUGAAAGAGACCCUGAGAGAUGCCCGUCGAGACUUGAGAAACGCUCGCCUGGACGGGACGCUAGGAGCGCAGCUUUCCGACCAGGCCAAGGAGAGCUCGAAUCGCCUGCAGGAUCUCUGGCGAAAGUACGGGGCGGUGGGUAUCGGGACGUACUUUGGCAUCUAUUUCGGGAGCAUCGCUGUCUUCUACGGGAUCUACGACUACGGGGUCUUGACCAGUCUGCCCUCGGGGGGUACGGCGGUGAUCGAGCACAUGCAAGAAUGGAUGAAGAGCGCGCCGGAGUGGGCCCAGGGCUAUUCGGACAGGCUUUUCGGGGCCAUGGUCGAGGACCACCGCGCCCGAAGCUUUGUCCUCGCUUGGGCCACGUGUAAGGUGCUCGAGCCGGUGCGGCUGCUUGGCGCGAUCGCCAUCACGCCGAGGAUGGCGCGUGCUCUGGGCAGAGCCCCCGCCAAGGUUUCCGAUGCCGACGAGGACGAGGGCUCGGACGCGGACGAUGGUAGUGGGGGUGGCAGGAAAGGGGGUAGCACGCGAUAG